GAGUUGUAGGUUAUGUUUGAAAAUGCGUUGUGUUUGAUCUGUGAUCAUUUUUACUUUUUAGUUUCUACAGUCCAAAGUGAAUUAUAAAUUGAAAUGUGUUUGAAUUCUCUCUUCUAAAUUUUUUGAACUUGAUGAUUAGUGGUUUCAACACAAGCCGUUUCCCCGUGCCCCUUUAUUCAUCUACUUAAUUGAUACUUCGAUCUCAACAUGAAACGGAAAGGCGGUGAAUUGGUCGUACAAGGUUCCGGCACCUUGGAGAAAAUUCAGAAACUUGAUAGUGGCAUUCAGAGGACUUCAAACCUUCCCUCGCCUAUCAUGGCUUUGGAAGGUCAUGGAGGAGAAAUAUUUUGUGUCAAAUUCCAUCCAGAUGGCCAGUUUCUAGCGUCGAGUGGAUUUGAUCGGCAAAUAUUCUUGUGGACCGUUUAUGAAAACUGUGAGAACAUCAGUGUGAUGUCAGGACAUACCGGGGCUGUAAUGGAUCUCCAUUUCUCAACGGAUGGAAGCACAAUUUACUCCUGUAGCACAGACGGAACUCUGGCCCUUUGGGACAUUCAAAGAGGGGAAAGAAUAAAGAAAUUAAAAGGUCACAGCACGUUCGUUAAUUCUUGUUAUCCGGCGCGAAGAGGUCCUGAGCUGGUAGUCUCCGGCUCAGAUGACUGUUCGGUUCGAAUCUGGGAUGCUCGAAAGAAAAACACAGCAACUGUAUUAACAAACAAUUAUCAAGUGACAGCAGUAUCUUUCAAUGACACAGCAGAGCAAGUCUUUUCGUCCGGCAUAGACAAUGACAUAAAGGUUUGGGACUUGAGAAAAAACUCUGUUUUACAAAGAUUACGCGGACACUCAGAUACUGUUACUGGUGUGAGCUUAUCUCCAGAUGGAUCGUAUCUCCUCUCAAAUGCCAUGGACAACUCCUUGAGGGUUUGGGACAUUCGACCUUUUGCCCCUCAAGAAAGGUGCAUCAAAGUAUUUUCAGGACAUCAGCACAAUUUUGAAAAGAAUCUAUUGCGUUGUGCAUGGAUGCCAGAUGGGUCUAAAGUAUCUGCUGGAUCAGCGGACCGUUACGUUUAUGUGUGGGACACAACCUCCCGCCGAAUUCUUUACAAGCUGCCUGGUCAUAAUGGAAGUGUGAAUGAUGUUAGUUUCCACCCCUCUGAGCCCAUCGUUGCAUCUGGAUCCAGUGAUAAAGUUAUAUACAUGGGCGAAAUCGAAUCAUAAUUCUAUCACAUACUACAAGACCUGAAGUUGCAAUGUCCAGCUGAUCUCAAUUUCUCAGUGUGCGAAGACAUCAUUUUCCUUCUCAUUUGUUCAGAAUUAUUAAAUACUUAAGUCUCCGAUGUAUUUUUGAGAAUAUCAAGUCAAGGAGGUACCUUAAAAAUGAUAGUCUAACGCACUGUUCUAUUUGCAUUCACAAUGAAGCGCAAAAAAGACAGUGAGGCAUGGAUCCUUGUUUGUGCCUCAGGGUUUUACUCUUUCAGCUUCUCUGAGAGCCCCAGCUGCAACUGCGGAGGGAACUUGUAGAGGGCUAAGUUGAAAAAUGCUCCGAUAAAAUGUUCCUUUCAAAAAUUUCUUUGGAAUCAGCUUGAGUUUAAAAAAUUUCAUAGGUGCACAGGCAUUAUGCACAAUCAUCGUAAAGCUGGGUUGUGGAGUUCAAAUUUCGGGAAACAAUGAUUUGAAAUUAGUCAUCGAAGCAUUUCCAACAAUCAAUGAUUCCUGAAUUUCCUCAAGGGCAUCAACAAAAUUGAGCUCUGAUGUGCGAGAUAAUUGUUUCAUUGAUAUGUACGGUUUUAAUCCAUCAUGAUGAAUGAGAAAGAAUCUCACUUAACCUGAAUCAUAAAUAGAGAAUUGAUGACCAGGUAAUGGCUAGUCAUCUCUCAGUUGAAUUCUGCAGCACGUCCAAAUACACCGCAAGGGAAACUCUAACUGUGCCCAUGUAAUUUAUCUAGGUUCUGUCAGCUUUUACGCUGAAAGCAGAUAGGCUUAGUAAGACAAGUAUCUGGCUGAAUCCAAUUGGGUUCUGGAGAUGGUUUUAAUCAGGUUUCUUAAUUGAAAGCUAAGUGAAACUUUUCAUUUUAUGAAAUGCGAGUCAAUUGUUUUAGUCAUUUUAAACCGGACUCUCUUCAUUUUUUUUGUGUUUAAAUAAAUGCAAUAAUGCAUAGGUGUUAAUAAUGUGAAUUGUAAUAAAUUGUAAUGUAAUGACUCAAUAAAAGAUAUUUUUUACCGUAAAA